GCCCCAAUAAAAGCAAUUUCAUUGCCGCGGCUAGAAUUGUGCGCCGCAUAUUUAUUGUGUCAAACAUGGGUAUUUUCUUUUGGACAGAUUCAAGAAUCGUUCUACAGUGGCUUACCAUGCACUCGUCCAGGCUAAACUGUUUCGUCGCUAACCGGAUUUCUGAGAUGCAAUCAACCACGUCAAACAUCACUUGGAGGCACGUUCCGGGCAAGGACAAUCCCGCGGACAUAGUUUCAAGAGGCUGCGCAGCGUCCGAGCUUAUGGAAACUAUAUGGUUUCGUGGACCAAGCUUCUUACGUCAAGACUCAUCUGGAUGGCCUCAACCAGUACCAAAUUCUCAGGACACCAAUGAAGAGUUGGAGCUGCGAAAAGCAACAGUCCUCACAUGUACCGAUAGUGGAAGCAAGGAAGAUGUAUUCGAUGAAGUUAUCAACAAAUUCUCAUCCUAUCGGCGCAUUUUGCGAGUCAUAGCUUUUGUGUUGCGCGUCUUUAAUAGAAUCAAGGUCAACAAAAAGGUGAACUUAGUCGAUGUAAUUCAUACACCAGCAACUGAAUUGCAAUACGCGUUCAAGCACAUCGUAUCACAUAUUCAGCAGAAGACCUUUUUCAACGAAAUCCAGCAGCUAAAGGAAAACAGGAUUUUAAAACCCGAAUUUCAGAAACUAAAUCUGUUCCUAGCAGCGACUAACGGAUCAAACGGUUCGAUAACACUAUUACGUGUAGGAGGCCGCUUAGCCAAGGCGCCCAUUUCACUCGAUGCCAAAUUUCCUGUUCUUCUACCAAAGAAUCAUUGCUUCACGUUGAAAUUUGUUGAGUAUCUCCACCGGCAUCACAUGCACGCUGGACCAAAGGCUCUCAUUGGAAUCCUGCGACUUCAGGCUUGGAUUGUAAACGCCAGAGAAGUUGUGCGAAAGAUUGUACGGCGCUGCACACACUGUUACCAUUAUAAGCCUCGUUUAAUGGAACAAAUGAUGGGAUCACUUCCAGUUGAUCGCUUUCAUUCACAACGACCUUUUUUGUAACUGGAGUCGACCUAUGUGGACCAUUUUCCACAUCAUACCGCAUUCGAAGCAAGGUGCCAUAUAAAACAUACAUGGCCGUGUUUAUAUGCUUUUCGUCAAAAGCAAUCCACAUAGAACUCAUUUCCGAUCUAUCUACUAAUAAUUUUAUUCUCUGUUUAAAGCGCUUUGUCAGUCGCAGUGGCAUCCCACUACGCAUUUAUUGUGACAAUGCAACUAAUUUCGUCGGUGCACGAUCGCAGCUCGAGGACUUUAAGCAGCAGCUAUUUGACGAAGCCAACACAUUGAAUUUGCAGAAGUUCAGCAGCAUCGUGGGAUUCGAGUUCAAGUUCAUCCCUCCGCGUGCUCCCCACUUUGGCGGCUUGUGGGAGGCCGCAGUGAAGUCCAUGAAGAGCCUAAUGAUGAAAAACUUGGGCAACACUGGGCUAACGUACGAGGAGCUUCAAACGAUUGCAAUCGAGUCGGAGGCAAUCUUGAACUCAAGACCAAUGGCACCCCUUUCCGAAGACCCAAACGAUGGAGAGGCGCUUAGCCCAGCGCACUUGCUGAUUGGGUCCUCUUUGAUGUCCGUACCGGAGCCUUCAAUUGACGAGAGCAGACCAUCUUAUCUUACGCGGUGGCAGCGCGUAACGUAUUUGAAGCAGCAGUUCUGGGAGCUAUGGAGGCGUGACUAUUUACACACGCUUCAGGAGCGCUCCAAAUGGCUCAAACCCCACGCCAACAUUCGAAUUGGCCAAAUGGUGAUUGUUCACGAGGAUAAUACACCUCCCCAGGAAUGGAUCCUUGGUCGCAUCACCAACACGCAUGUCGGAGCUGAUGGACGAGUACGAGUGGCCGAGAUCAAGGUGAAAAAUGGAACCAUUCGAAGACCCAUCUGUAAGAUAGCGCCCCUGCCUGAGCAAACUGGUGCUUGAAUACUCCUUGGAUCAUUCAACGGGCGGAGAAUGUUCGAUGACAUCAUAAGUCAACAUUAAUUUUGAUUUAAUUAUUAUUAUUGUUAUGAAUAACUUCGUUCAAGCUGAUUAAUAAUUUGAAUUCUUU